CCUCUUGCUCUCUACUGUGCUCUCUACUGUUUUUACUGUAUGUGGUUUACUGUCAGUGUGUGUAAUGCCAUAAUGGUGGUUUAAGGUCAGUGUUUGUUGUGUGUAUUUACUCUCCAGAAGGAAACACCCCUGGCUAAUGCCGUGUUUUGGGCAGCGAGGAAGGGGAACCUGGCUCUACUUCAGCUGCUGCUCAACAGCGGCCGCGUGGACGCAGACUGCAGAGACAGUGUAUGAACGCUGCAUGUCCUGGCUGCUCAGCUGCUCGCUUUAACCAUAACCCACCUGUGUAUGGAACGACAGCGCUGAUGGUGGCGUCGUACAGCGGCCAUUAUGAGUGUGUCAAAGAACUCAUCAUGCAAGGAGCCGACAUCAACUACCAGAGAGAGACAGGUUCUACUGCCCUGUUCUUCGCCUCCCAGCAGGGACACCAUGACGUCGUGAAGCUCCUCUUUGAAUUCGGUGCCUCCACUGAAUUCCAGACGAAGGACGGUGGCACGGCUCUCACCGUCGCCUCUCAGUAUGGACACUCCAAGGUGGUGGACACCCUGCUGAAGAAUGGAGCCAAUGUUCAUGAUCAGCUGAAAGAUGGAGCCACCCCUCUUUUCCUCGCUGCCCAGGGGGGUCAUGUGACCGUGAUUCGUCAGCUGCUUGCCUCUGGUGCCAAGGUUAACCAAGCGAGGGAGGAUGGCACUGCCCCCCUGUGGAUGGCAGCACAGAUGGGUCACAGUGACGUGGUGAAGGUGCUACUCCUACGUGGUGCAGAUCGGGAUGCUGACAGACAAGAUGGAUCAACAGCGUUAUUCAAAGCUGCAUUAAAGGGACACAGCAGCGUCAUCGAGGAGCUCCUUAAGUUUUCUCCUUCGCUCGGCCUUCUCAAGAAUGGCUCCACUGCCCUUCAUGCUGCUGUUAUGGGUGGAAAUCUGCGAACUGUUCUGCUGCUGCUCGGGGCCAACGCAGACCCCACACUACCCAACCAGAAUAAUGAACUCCCUGCAGAUCUUACAAAGAGUGAUCGCAUCCUCAAAGUUUUACAUCCAAAAAACUUAAUUGCAAGAGACAGCUGAUAACAACCCAGACCCCUGCUGUCAUGCCUGCCUGUACCGCACUGAUGUGAGAGGAAAAUAAAGCUACAACACAGUGACAAAUCUAUACAAACACAACAUGUGCUAAACAUUGCUUCUCACUGCUAUCAUAUGUUGAAUAAACCUGGACUAAAUACUUAGAAACACAAUGUGCAACCAAAAUGCCACAUGCAUCAUCUCCUUUACACUGGUGUUAUACAUUAUAUUCAUUUAUUUUUGUUUAUCCCCAGGUGGUAAGAUUUCUAGAUAUUUUGCACACUAUUUA